AUGGGAAGGUCCGUGAAAACAUUUGAAGAUUUUGUUUGUUAUGCAUCCAAAGUAAUGGAGAAAUCUUUAAUUCAAUAUUCCUAUUGGUAUGGAUUUGCGAGAAAAGAGCAAGAGUUAAUGUACAAACAUGGUAAAAACUAUGAACAGUUUGGACGUUAUCUUCGUACGAAAUAUAAUACUCGAACACAUGUUGCCGAACAGCUUCUUGAUCGAUUGAUAUUAGAAAAAAAAUCUGUUAUUUCAAUAAACUCAAAUAAUCGUCAUUUUAGUACAAAUGCUGCUAUUGCUGCGGUAGAACUCCCAUCAUUCGACUAUUUAACAUUAGAGCAACCGGCUACAAUAUUAAAAGAGACAACACCAUUAGUUAAUGAUCAAUUAGAAACACAGUUUAAACCUUAUUUUAAUGAAUGUAUAAAGUCAGCUGAACGUAUCAAAAUUAACCGACGAUCGGAUCGUGAUAGACAAAUAUGCUAUGAAAAUUUGAUAUUAGUACAAAAACUAAUACGUAUCAAAAAUAGAGUAAAUAAGUCAAAUGCAAACCUGAAAACAGAUUAUAUCAAUCAUUGUCAAUUACUUGUACAAAAAGCAAAUUGUAAAUCAGGCGCAAUGAAAUUGGUAAAAGACCGUUUUCCAGUCAAGAAAUUAUCCAGUUGUACAAUAGUUAAUGAUAAAUCACAGCAUAGAAAAGAAGCAAAGUUGACAACAUUAGGGGACAGAACACAUCGUACAAUAGAUGCAGAGAUAACGAACCGUUUCCAUCAAACUGAAAAUUCUGAUGUCUCUGCAUCAACUACAUUAUGUUCAUCCACCCAAUCUUCUUCUUUCAUCGCCACAGCCAAUUCUACGGCAACAGCAACAACGUCAUAUUCCACAAUUGAUGAUCAAGCAACGGAGCAUGAAGCUGACACAUUAAACGAUGUCGAAUUGCCAUUAAAAAAGCAUAAAAUUCCCAAACGAAAAAUAGCACUUCAUCAUCGUACAUCGUACUCCACUAAUAGUCUUCAAUCAAAAUAUUUACGAGCAAAUUCUUGUUCUAACGUUGAAUUACCAUCAUUAAUGACGACAAAAGAAGAACCUCACGUAAUUAAAUCACAUCAUGAUUUGUUGUAUAAAAAAUUACUGAAAUGGAUAAAUUGA